AUCGAGAGCUGACAGAAAUUAUUAAAAAUACAAAAACAAAAAAAAUCGCGUAUACCACGCGUUUUUUUAUUAAGUCGAUUUGCCAUAGAUUCAUUGAGCCCCUUGUCCGUGUGCCUUUGUGUGUGUUUGUGUGUGCCUGUGCGUAUGUGAGUAUUGGUGAAUACAAUCAACGGAGCACGGAGAAAAAAGGAAAAAAACGGCCAAGCGACAUUGAUGCCAAUCGCCAGUGCAUUUGUUGUUGCUGUUUGCAUCGGACCAGAAUAUAAUGAAAUAAAGCCAAAUAAAAUAUAAGCUAAAACGCCUUCAGUGGACUUCACGCUGGAAAAAGAUAUCAAAUGGACAGCACACACAAUACAUGAAAGGCACACAGAGAAGUCUCAAAUUAGACCGUGAAAGCCAUAAAGCAAAUAGUUAGCAAAGCGUGCAAAAAGAAAAGCCUAGGAAAUUAUUAUAGGUGUGGAGGGGUAGCCACGUGCACACAGUAGCAGGGCUAGAAUAGCUAGAAAAUUAUUAUUAUGAUAAUGAAUUAAAGUUGCCAUUAAUUUAGCCAAAACGGAACGGAACGCGAACGAGGCCUGGGAAGCGGCCACGAACAGCUAGACGGUAGCAUAAUAACAAUAAAUAAUAAUUUGAAAUAGGCGAGCACCAGAAAGCAGGAGAAGACGACCACAAAGCACUGGCCAAGUGCAGCCUCCCGUUUCCAGAGGAGCAGCCAGCAAAGCAACAAGAGAAAAAAACGGAAAAGGCAGCUCGAGCGCAUCGAGCGUGCAAAUUAAAAGCGCACCACAGUAGCCCCAGCUCCAUCUUCUCGACAUGGAAGUGGCCACAACAAACAAUCACAGUCAGAGCCAUCAUCAUCAUCAUCAUCUGCAGCCGACGGCGGUGGUGGGGGCAGCGGGGGGCUCCAGGUCCCCCUUCCAGAGGGAGGUGCGUGAAUGGCAACGCAUCGAUCCCAAUACCGGAGCCCUCUUCAGCGGACGCUUGGAGGCAGACCGUUGGAUAAACGGACCGCUGAACAGCUACGGCAAGAUAUCCGACUCCCAAAACAUCUCACAGCCGAAUGGCACACAGCACACGCAACGCAAACAGUUGGAGGUGCUGAAGGCCCGCACCGCCAACGGCGCCAUGCAGGUGAUCCGCACCCAGACAGUCCAAAAGAGCUCGUCCUCGUGGUCCUCCUCCACAUCCACCACCACCACAUCCACCACCCACCACCGCACGAGUCAGAGCAAUGGCCAUGAUCCACCUCCAAAGUCCACUAUCCCAUCCCCCAUCAGCCAGGGUGUUGACAUCUGCGAGCUUAGCGACGAUUGUAGUCUCAGUGGCAGCGAUGCUGGCAUUGGCAUUGUUCAUACUCCAUCCGCAGCCACAUUCGCCUCUGCCUCCGCAUCCGCAUCCGCACUGAGCCAGGAGCUAAUCGACGAUCAUGUUGAUUUUGUUGUGAUUAAUGGCGAGGCGAGCGAUAAAGAGGACGCUGCCGACGAGCCUUUGCACAAAGGCUGCCACAAUUUGUUACCCGAUACGGCUCCAAGUCUGAAAUUAAGCAAUCUAAUGAAAAGCAGUUCGAGCAUUUCCAGCCAGAGCAGCAACAAUUCGAACCUAACAACUGCAACACAAGCGGCGAGCAACACCCACAGAAGUGCGGGCAAAAUAAGCCUACAUGCAAUUGUGGGACCAGAAUCAUCAUCAUCAUCAUCAUCAACGCCGUCGUCAGCGGUUUGGCCCAAGCAGGCUGACUUAUAUGGCCAGCUCCCAAGUGGCGUGGGUGGUUCUGGUGGAGCUGGUGGUGCUGACGUAGCUGUUGCCCCGCCAACGCAGCGUCGUGAUUUGGAAAGUUUCCGGCAUUAUAACGAUGACUACGACGACGACAAUCUGCGACUCACCGCUCGCCACCAGCGUCGCCAGCAGGUGUCCCAGUCGGUCUACGCCCCUCCAGUGCCCUCGAUAGGAUCCACGCUGCUCCAGCGGUCCCGCUCCAUUUCCACGGAUGAUCUCAGCAACGACUGGGAGCGAGAGGAUCCCGCCGAACAGCCGGUGGGUGAGUGGCGUAGGGUCAGCAAGCUGCGGCGCUCCUUUCAGUCGCAGGAUCACUACAAGAGUCCGGCGACCUCGGCCCGACCUCGACCCCUGGAUUUGCCGAGUAAUUCGGUGAGCGUUGCCCGUCUGCGAGCGGAACUGGAGAACGGUCGUCGCCUUCACACGGCCAUGCGGAAUAAUCACGUGGAUCUGGCCGCUCUGGACAACAUAUUGAACACUCCCUCGGCCAAACCCACGGUGGCCAAGAGGAACACAUUCCUUACGGCCGAGUCCCUGCAGGAAAUACGCGGCAAGCUAAAGAAGCUUUCGGACGAGAGUCUCUACAAAGAGGACUUCCUGGCCUAUCACCAAAAGAAGCCAGUCGUAGUGCGGGAGAUCAGCGUGGAAAAAGCAGAUCCUGCGCCGCCGUCUCAAUCUACUCCCUCGGCCUUUCGACCCGUUCACAAUACGCACAGCUUGGAGUCACGCCAGCGACAGAAGGACACCAGUUCCAGUGAGUGGCAUCUGCGGCGCAAGUCCUACGGCUUCGAGAAGAUGUCGCCGCCGGAGGAUAAGAGCAUCUUCCGUGUGGACGCCUCCACGGACAGUGGCCUGGGCAGAUCCGGUGAGCAACUUGGCAACUGGUCGCCCACCGAAAGGGAGCGGGAGAGGAACGAAAAGAAUGCAGAUGCGGCACAACAACAGAAUGGAGUUGGCACCAUUGUUCAUUUUGGCAGGUCCAUGAAACCCAUCAUCCCGUCAUCCAGCCCCACAGAGGGGGAGCUGAGUAAACGCCAUUCGAUAGCCGUGGAGGAAACCUGGCGUGAUGUCCGCAAAACCUCGCAGAUUCAUGUGAAUGGAGGCACUGCCGUUUCCAGCACCUCCCACACCACCACCAGUCACCUGAGCAAAGGUAGCGCCCAGAAGCGAGUGGAGUUCUGCAAGACGGAGGUGCACUUUGCCGCCGAAUCGGGUCGCGUUAAUAUUGUUGAGACCGACGGCAAGCCGCCGCCAACGCAAAACUUUCGCCGUCGCCGCCGCUCCAACACCACCACCACCACCAGUGGUCCACUGCAGAGUCUGGUUAAGUCAGCCAGUGCCGUCGGAGGAGGGAGCUCUACCAGCAGCACUGCGAGCAGCGAGGUGACCCACUUUGGUGACGAUUCACAGCGGCGCAAGACGAUAGCCACCAGCACAGUGGCCUACCGAGCCACUCUCAUGGAUCCGCCGGAGGUGGUUAGCCAGCCGAUUUCCAGUAGCAGUAACAGCACCGCCAGCAGCACUCAAGUGACGGUGACCACGGUGGCCAAGCCGGUUCACGAGCCACGUUACAGUCUGAUGGAGUCCACGUCGCGGAACAGUUACACCUCCACCAGUGGCGUGGAUACGACGGACAACGAGACGGACGAGCUAUCUAAUAUUCGGGGGAUCCUGAAGAACAAGCCUGUUAAGCCGAAACCCUAUCACCUGGGCGAGAACAUAGAGAGUGCCGACGUCCUUUGGAGUGUUCCGGCCAUGAAAGCGGAUCGGGAGAGUCCUUCGGCAAGGGAUAGUGGAAUCACCAGUGAUUCACCCAUUAGUCCCAAGUCUGUGGCCGAAAGGAUUCGCAUCGUAGAGCAGCGCCAACAGCAGCAGCAAUCCUCACCAGCUGGCAAUGGGUACUCGACCAAGAUCAAUGUGAGCCUGGGCUCAGAGGAUUGGGCUGAAUCAGGCACUGCAAUGCAUCACCAUCCCAGUUUGAAAUACCGCCAACACCGACGACCCAGUGCCCAGGAGCUGUUGCUGGAGGAUCUGCGCCAGCAUCAGCGCAUCCUGGACGAGGGAUUAAAGUCCACAUCGCUGAUUAUGAGGACCAUGCGAUCGGCCAGUGAAUUCGAUGAGGCCAUGCGUCGCCUGAGCAUAGCUUCGAUUGAGUCCGCCUUGGUUCAACCCACUAUAGUGGUGCCCACGCCCAUGCUGCGAUCGCACAGUUACCAGGAGGAGGGAUCCUACUCCUCCUCGCGCCGUCCCUCCACCAUAUCCACCACCUCCAUUACGAGCAGCGAUCUAUUCGGAAGCGCGUUGUAUGACUCCCUGCCCCGAACUCCGUUGGCUCCGCCUCGGCUGAAAUUGCUGGGAAACACCCAAAUCCCGGUGAGCCAGCAGUUGACUCAACUGCGAAGGCUUUACGAUGCCGCCGAGCAGGAUCAGGAAGACAGUGCCGAUGAGGAGGUGAAGCGGUACUUCCGGGACAGCAACAGUGACAGUGGUGGAGGAACCCAGGGUAGUUCCUCGCCAGACCAGCAGCCGACAGAGGCGUUCAAGGGCAGCGAGUACUCCAGCAGCUGGAGUCGCCUCAAAGCCAAGAGAACCAUCUGGAAAAUUGAGGCACAGGAUCAGAUGCUGAAGCGAGCAGAUCUUCCCAAGUCCAAUGUGAUGAAUAUAGCGCUCCAUGCUCCCCAAAUCGAGAAACCUAAGGCAACUCCGCCCACCCUACGAAUUGGCCAACUGAUACCAGUGGCCAAGCCAAGAACCCUCUUCAUUCAGCCGCAAAUCCAAGGGCAGUCUACCAUAGAUAAUGCCGAUGAAUCGGGCAGCGAGUCCUUGAAGAUUGUGAAGGAAGCACGCGGUGCUCGCAAGUUGCGCGAACACGAACUCUCCUACUUUGGAGUUCAGCAGAAGCAGCAACAGCAAACAAAGCUCUCCACAACGACCACGACAAAUCCCAGAAGGACACUGCCCAGUCGCAGUAAAGUGAGCCACAGUGAUGAGGUGAAGGCAAACACCACGACCACGACCAAGUGGCAACUGCUCAACGAUCGACCCGACCUACUGAGGCACAGCAGUCCCCACCAUAACGACAUCGGCACUACCAACGACUAUCACCACGAUGAUGAUGAUCUGGAUGAGGACGAGGAGCACUGUUACGAGAACAUAGCCACCGAACUGACCACCACCUUCAGGGUCAAGUCACCAGCCCACUCGCCGGACAGAUCCCGAUCGCCGGGCAGCUAUGAGCGGAAGACCGACCUGCAGAGAGACGCCCAGAUCCUAAGCGAAAUGACCCGAAACGCUGAUCAGACUUUGAAGGCUCUCUCCGACGAGGCAGCCAUCAAGGAUCAGCGGCGCAGAUCUUGUUCCCUGCAGCGGCGCAGCGCCAAACCUUUAGAGACCAUUGACGAGAAGGUUAAGGUAUACCCUCAAUCGAUGGGUGUGGCCCGUGGCACCUUCGCCUCUGAGGCGCGCCGAAACUCCAGGCAGUCGACUCCUUCGCCGUCGAGAGCUCGCAGCUCAUCGCAGUCUUCCAUCGAGUGUUGUCCACGUGAUCGGUCCCGCUCCAGUUCGCGGGAGUCCAUGACUCACGGCGGCGGAUCUUCCGACGACCAAGUGGCCAGCAAGCAGCGAGCCGAACGUCUGCGCAUGCGCACCCCCAAGCGAGAGAAGUCGCGCCAUGAGCCAAUCGAAGUUCGGGUCCAUCGGAACAGCAGCAAGCCAAGGAGCAGUUCCAGUGCCACUGGAGCAGGGUCAUCUUCCCUUGAGUCGAAGCGAAGCUCUCAUCACAGUCGCCACAGCCGGGAGAUGGAUCAAUCCACUGAGACCAAGACCUCAUCUUCCAGUCGCUUGAUAAGAUCCUCCCGGGUGGCGGAUGAAAGUCGCUCGCGGCAGACCAGCCAUCGGGAUCGAGAGAAGGAACGCGAUCGGGAACGCUCCCGAGGCUCCGAGAAACACCGCGAUGAACUCACGCGCUCCAGGGGUCACUCCAGUCGCUCUAGGCACAGUGAGCACCCGUCGUCGGGAACCCGGGAGAGCAGUCGGCCAAGUAAGACGAGAUCGAGUCGCAGUAGCCACGACUCGGCAACGAUACACAAAAAGUCGACCACGAGCACAACAGCCAGUUCGAAAGCAUCGAAAACCACAGCGCAUAAACCAUCUGCAUCUGCCAGCACCACCACAGCACCACCCACGCACCACCACGAACUGACGUACGUAUACGUAACGAAUUUAGCCAAUACCGAAACCAGCGAGGAGUCACCGGAACAGCAUAGUGCCGAAAGCGUCGAGGGGCCCUCAAAAGAGGCGGACUACGCGAGCAUUGAUGAGGUAGAGUCGGUGACGAAAGCACCGCAGCCACCGCCGCGCAGCAAACGAAAGAGAUCCCUAAUCCCAGUCCCGGUGAAUCCGCCCGCCAGCUAUGAGUAUCGCACCAAGCUGCAGAUGAUACCGCCCAGCUACUCGAAUCAGUCCACCCUGAGGUGUCGCAGUGUGGCCCGCAAGAAACCCUCCCUGAAGGCCACCCAAUCGACCAGCUCGAGCUUCGCCUUCCUGCCCUAUUUGCCGGCCAAACGGAACUCGAGUGUUAGCCAUGUCUAUGACAACUAUCUGCUGUAUGCCACCAGCGAGGAGCUGGGUAAGGCGGACAAGCUGCGUCCCUACCAAAACAAUCUGAGCAAUGAACAUGCGCAGCUUUUUGGUGCCUCGGCGACAGGGGCGGCUGCUCGAGAGGGGCGUGGCCGGCUGAGCGGCUGGCCAAAAAGGCUGAAAAUGCGACAAGUGCGCAGCAGUGUGUCCACCCACCAGCCAUUCGGCAUCUGCACAUGUUCAUAGUCAGCGCGGGACAGACCUUAGCCCAAAAGAAACCAAAAAUCCAAAUAAAUAUGAUACAUAUCCUUUGGCUGACAGGAUCUCGUCACAAAAAUCACACAAGCACACCCAAAUAAUCCCAAAUGCACGAUUACGUUUGAUAUCCCUCAGCUGGCCAAAAAGUGAACUGCAUUUUCCUAACCACCACCCAACCAACCACUGUGUUCCCCAUACUAAUACUAAAAUCCCAAAAAUAAUAUUCGAGUGUGAGAGACUUUCGUUGUUAAUUUUGAUUAUUAUUUAUUUUGGAGCGCACACACAAUCAAAAACUCGGCCAAUGCACACAAGCACAAAAAAGAAAAACGGGCCUGUCUGGGAUCUGUUUUUACUUUUCACAGCACACGGUAAAAGCACUCUGAAUGGACACCAGCAUCAUCAGCACCAGCACAGCAGCAGCGGCAAGCAUCAGGGAUCUGGACAUGGC